AUGCGGUCUCUAUCCAUCCUCACCACCCUCCUCGCAGGCCAUGCCCUUGCGUACCCAAAGCCAGCCCCGCAGUCACUCAACCGCCGAGACUGGCCCUCAAUCAAUGAAUUCCUCACGGAGCUGGAACAGAUCAUGCCCCUUAACGACACCGUCACAGCGGCCUGCGACUUGAUCGGCGAUGGUGAAGACGCCGCUGCCUCCAUCUUUGGGAUCCCCGAGACGGAGAAUGAUGCUUGCGGUGACGUGACUGUCUUGUUCGCUCGAGGAACUUGCGAUCCCGGAAACGUCGGCGUGCUUGUCGGGCCUUGGUUCUUUAGGUCGCUGCAGAGUGACCUUGGAAGCAGGACCUUGGGUGUUCAGGGCGUUCCGUAUCCUGCGAGCGUGCAGGGAUUCUUGUCGGGAGCGGUUCAGCCUGGCAUUGACAUGGCCAACCAGAUCAAGUCCGUCAUCCAAAGCUGCCCCAACACCAAGCUCGUCCUCGGAGGCUACUCCCAGGGAAGCAUGGUCGUCCACAACGCAGCGAGCAACCUCGACGCCGCGACAAUGUCCAAGGUCAGCGCCGUGGUGCUCUUUGGCGACCCCUAUGACGGCCAGCCCGUGGCCAACUUUGAUGCGGCCAAGACGCUGGUUGUGUGCCAUGACGGAGACAACAUCUGCCAGGGUGGUGACAUUAUCUUGUUGCCGCACUUGACGUAUGCUGAGGAUGCGGACACGGCUGCUGCUUUUGUGUUGUCUCUUGUUUCUUGA